AUGACUACUGAUUCCACCUCAAAAACAGUAUACCGCAUUGGUACUCGCAAAUCCAAACUUGCCCUCGUUCAAACAGAGAUGGUCAAAAACUACCUUGGCAAGGCAUUUCCUCAGUAUGAAUUCAUCGUUGAAGCCAUGUCAACCACAGGUGAUCGUAUUUUGAACCUUGCACUCAGCAAAAUUGGUGAAAAAUCUUUGUUUACCAAGGAAUUGGAGAUGGCACUGGAAGACGGAAGAGUGGAUUUUGUAGUGCAUUGUUUGAAGGAUCUGCCUACCACUUUGCCUCAAGGUAUGCAUUUGGGUGCUGUCAUGGAAAGAGAGAAUCCAAAUGAUGCUUUGGUCUUGUCUCCCAAGUACGAGGGAUGUACUUCUUUAGCUGAUCUGCCUGAGGGAUCAGUUGUUGGUACAAGUUCCCUUCGCAGAGUUGCUCAACUGAAGAAUAAAUAUCCUCAUUUGGUAUAUAAGGAUGUGCGAGGCAAUCUAAAUACUCGUUUGGCUAAAUUGGAUGAUCCCGAAGGUGAGUAUGCAGCCAUCGUGCUGGCAGUAGCAGGUUUGGUGCGGCUCAAUUUGGGACAUCGCGUCUCUCAAGUGCUCCCUCUCAGUGAUUCAUUAUAUGCUGUGUCUCAGGGCGCUUUGGGUAUCGAGUGCCGAGAAAACGACAUGGACACUCGCUGUUUGCUGGAUUUCCUGAAUCAUCAUCCUACCCGUACAAUGUGCUCAGCAGAGCGGUCAUUAAUGCGUAAAUUAGAGGGCGGUUGCAGUGUUCCCAUUGGUGUAUGCUCCAGUCUUGAAGACAAGAUUCUGAGCUUGCGAGGAUUAGUAGCUAGUUUAGAUGGUCAACAGAUGGUAGAGUUUGACAGCAAGAUUUCAUUGCAAGAAUCAGCAUCUGUUGAGCAGGAUUUGAUUUUAGCCAAUGAAUUAGGUAUUACUGUUGCUAAUGGUUUGAUUGAAAGAGGCGCUGGUGUUAUCUUGGCUGAAUUGGCUCAUUAA